AAGAGGCAAAACAAUCUUUUAUCUUCCGAACCGGGCGGCUUCUUGGAUAUCCUGGGUCUCGGUGGUGGGAAACUUUUACAUGUAGACUAGCAUAGAAGUUAUCAAACAGGCAGGUUUUGUUAAACUGCGACAAUCCCGAUAAAUGUAUCAAACUCCUUUAACUUGCACUAAAAUCUACCGAAAGCCGAUUUUCCUUCUUUAGUCUCCACGCGCCCCGACUAAAUAUGGAGUCCAAAUAUAUCUUCGAGAAGUCGUCGAUUGGGACGAGCGUCGGUGUGGCGGAUUUCAGCUACCGGACAGGCCGCUCUGUGCUUCUCGACAGCCGGGUCCCCGUCGCGGUGGAGAAAAACAGCUCGGUGCUGCCGGCGUACACGCAGGCCCCCGUCUUCUACAAACUCGUAAUGGACGGCGGCUCGACGGCGGAGGUUAAAAGCGAGCGAACUUCGUCCAGCGGCAGGGGGAACGGUCGAAUAUUUCCGGACGUGGAAAAAGCUGGCCUUGGGGACCAAAAAGACACUGGUUCCUGUGGGAUCUUGAAGAGAACCAGUCCUACUCCGUGUCCUGGUGUGACCAGGUCGUUGCCAGGCAGCUUCUUGAAUUUGGACAUCAGAAACCCAGGGAAACAGGCAGAGCUGGCCAGCAGCUUCAGGGCAGCACAAGGACAGAAUGUACCACAGGCAGAAAGACAAGCCCUCUCCUCCUCCCACAUCCCCGUCCCCAGAAACAGGAACCCUUCAGGUCAUGCUGAUAAGGAAGUGAUGGCUGCCACCGUCUUGACCUCGCUGUCCACGUCCCCUUUGGUGCUCAACCCUUCCUCUGCACCCCCAGUCCCGGAGCCGGCCAGCAAGACCUGGAAAGAGGUGCUUUCUGCAAGUUACAGCAGUUCAACGAGUGGCAACUGGAGCUGGGAUGCCAGUGACCAAUCGGUGCCCUCCACACCGUCCCCGCCGCUUUCCAACGAUGCCAGCAAGAAUUUCCUGCUCUCGUCCCAGGGUGAUGAUGUCAGCGAGGAUGUCACAGAAAGCACACACUUCAUGUUUGAGGACCCCAUACCCCGGAAACGGAAGAACUCCAUGAAGGUGAUGUUUAAGUGCUUGUGGAAGAAUUGUGAAAAAGUCCUCAGCACCUCCUCAGGGAUCCAGCGACAUAUCCGCACCGUCCACCUGGG